AAAAAUCCUGUGUUCCAAUUAUUUUUAACCUUUUUGUGCAAAAAUAAUUUAUUUUUAUGCAUUCUUUUAUGUAUAACAUCCUCACAGCUGCAAACGAUACUUAAUGCCUAAUUUCACUGCAUUUUUUAAACCAAAUAUGUAAAAAACCAAAGCAAAACAGUUAAACUUAUACUUUUGCUGAUGGUUUAUAAACAGUCUUGUGGCAUGCAACAUGUUUUAAACUAUACCUAAGAGAGUUUAACAAGCAAUAAAAGUGAACUGAGACAGCUGUGGAAGUGUAAUUGUCACGAGGAUGUCACACUGUCACUGCAUCACUUUAGAUGAGACUAUCAAAAACAAAAGAACCCUAAAAGUGGUUCUCAGACAGAGAAGUGGGAAGAAAAAAACCUAACAGUAAACAUUCUGAUAACCAAAGAUCUGAGCCUGACUCUUCCCCAUCAUCAUCUCUCUCUGGACUCUUUCAUUACUCCUCCCAUCUCUAACCAGACCGUUCCUGUCUCCACUGCAACAACUAUCAAUAAAAAACCUCCCUCACUGUAAGGGUUGGAGUACCGGUAAUCGUUCGGGUUUGAAGCUUUUCCUUCCCAUGCUGCGGUGGAUGUAGAUGCUCGAGGAUCUCGUGUCAGCGGAGAUGUUGGCAGGUGCAUUACUUCUGGGCACCAUCCUUACAAUUUUUCCAGGCACGCAGUGCAGGUGGAGUGUGUCAUUCUCAAGGAGGGAAAUCUGUGUGUGGGCAGGAACUUCAGUCACUUUACCCUGCCGUUACGACCACCCCUCGGGUCACACGGUGAAGAAUGUCAUGUGGUUCCGUGUGUCAGCCCAGGGUCAGAGGGAAUUUGCUCACCACACUGACACCAACUUGAUCAGCCUGUCGUACCGCGGACGAACCCGCUACAUAGGCGGCAGCUAUUCCAGCUGUUCAGUCCAGAUUCGGAGUGUGAAGCUGAGCGAUGCUGGACAGUAUCACUUCAGGUUUGAGACGGACAAGCAGCUAGGAAGAUGGACUUCCCCGAACACUAUUACCCUAGAUGUAACAGACCUUAAGGUCCUGGUUCAUCCCCCCAGAGCUGCCAACAUGUAUGGCUCUGGAGAAACGGUUUUCGUCGGCUGCCAGGCUGGGGGGUGUGCUGCUCCUGGUCGCAGUCUUGCCCUCUACAGGAACGGACUGAACCUAGGCUCCUAUGAGAAGUGGAUGACAAUCAGCCGCUUUGACCAGCAACAUGCUGGAGCUUACAGCUGCAGACCAAUCCCCCCCCAGAAUGUACAAUCACCAUCUGUCACUCUGACUCUGGGGUAUAAACCUCGCUUCACUUCCAUAACCAUUUUCCCUGUGGGGGAAGUUUCAGAGGGAGGGUCUGUUACUCUGGCUUGCAGCAGUGAUGCAGCUCCUCCUGUGGAGAGUUUUGCAUGGUUUAAAGACAUGGAAAGUGGCAGCAUCCCAGACAGCUUCAGCCCUCAGCUCCAUCUGUCCUUCCUCAGACACACUGAUAGAGGAGAGUAUUACUGUGUGGCACGCAAUUCACUGGGAACAGAUCGCUCCAAAUCAAUCCUACUCAAUGUUACCUACUCACCAAAGGACACUCAUGUGCUUGUGAGUCCUCGGAGAGACAUCAGAGAAGGUUCUCAUGUAAACAUGAGCUGCGUCACCUUUUCUCACCCUCCCCCCAGCAGGUAUUCUUGGUAUCGUAUCCAAGGUGACCAGUUGAUGGCUAAAGGUAAUUUUCAGAACCUGAUCUUUCCGUCUGUGCACGCCCACCACACUGGUCAGUACUACUGCGUGGCAUCAAAUCGAUUAGGAUCCCAGACCUCCCCUGUCGUAACUCUCACUGUUCUCUAUCCUCCCAAAAAUACCUCCAUUCUGGCCCGCCCCUCCCCUGUGGUGGACGCGGGUCGACCUCUGACCCUGACCUGCAGCAGUCAGGCCUACCCGGCAGUGGACAACUUUACCUGGCACCGUCUAACUCCAGAUGGAGGCUCAACACAAUCGUGGGGCACAAAAUCUGGUCCUGUCUUCACGUUUUCAGAGGUUGGCCCUGGUGAAAGUGGUCAGUAUUACUGUGAAGCCAGGAAUCGAAUUGGAGCAAACAGCUCUCCGGUGCUCACCGUCAGAGUCAGAGGUCGUCUGAAAGUAAUUGCCCUGGCAUCCGCAGUGGGCGUGUCUGCAGGACUCAUCACUCUGACUGUGGCCAUCAUGAUCAGUAAGAACAUGCACAGAGUAGACACUGAUACGGCAGAAGAUCCAACCAAGCGUUUACCAGUGACAACCGACAGCAGCAUGUUCCAUGAAUCAGCCGUACAAACAUUUCCAGUUAGAAAGGGCAAGAUGUCAGACAUACCAGAGGAACCUGAAGAAUUGAGUGACAGCUCUCAUCCUGCCAUCGUUCCUCUGAGAGAUGCUCCACCAAUCACUGAAGCCGAAAGUUGCAGUUCUGCCUCCAACUGCAUCUCUGUUCAGUAUUCCCGGCUGUCGAGUAUGGAUGAAGUACAGGUGCACAACCUGACUUGUAAGAAAAAGUCAAAGGAUUCCUCCAGAGUUGUUUAUACUUUACUUCCUGGGCCUCACUACUGACCAGGAGAUAACAAUCUCAAAAGUAAACAGCUCAUGGGUCCAUACAAACCAGCUCCUUCUGUCUCCACCCUUCUGUGACACAGAAAAACUUUCCUCACUUCUGAGUAGUGAGAGUCAGACUCUCAUAAAAGGCAGCACAUUGACCAGGAUUUGAAUAAAACUCAUGAAUAACAUUGCAUGCCUUUCCCUUUUGGGUUUGAUGCAUCCCUCAAGACUGCCUGAUAAAAUGGUAAUCUAAAAGCAUAUUAAGUUUUUUUUUUUCUUUCCUUUGAACAGGUGUGUAUUCAGUGUAUAUUUUUUGUAAGGAUUCCUCAUGUUCAAUCACACAUUAUGUGUUUUCACUGGUUGCUAGAUUGCAUUGCAUUGUUGGACUGUUAAAAUUCAGAAUUUGUAUGAAAAUAAAACUAACUUAAAAUGCAACUGUGCAAAACAUUUUAACCUGCAAGUGGAUCUACUGUAUUUGAAAUGGAAUGGACCUGCAUUGUGCUUGUUACGAUUGAAUGCUCUGCAUUAUUCAUUCAACGACUGCAGAUAAUUUUAUGAAAACAUGCAUUCCAUAUUAUAGAUUGUUACAAUAAAGACAUAUGG